GGUGUGCGAGCGCAGGGGGCCGGGCGUUGCGGGCAACAGGAGCUGGGAUGAGGCUGCAGGCUUUGGAGCUGGGGAGCAGCUCUAGGCACGCUAGCUAGCCGGGCGCAGAAAAGGGUUACCAGACGGCGACAGGUUUCUCCGGAGGGCUCACGAUGCAGCGGGCGGCGGCGCUGGUCCAGCGGGCUUACCGCCCUCGGACCCCGUGCCCCUGGAGCCGUUGUCAGAGCAGCGCGGCUGCGGAGGCCUCAGCGGUGCUCAAGAUGCGGCCCGAGCGGAGCCAGCGCGAGCGCAUCCUUACCCUGGAGUCCAUGAACCCACAAGUGAAAGCGGUGGAGUACGCCGUGCGGGGACCCAUCGUGCUCAAGGCGGGGGAGAUCGAGAUGGAGCUGCGGCGGGGUAUCAAAAAACCAUUCACUGAGGUCAUUCGUGCCAACAUCGGGGAUGCCCAUGCCAUGGGCCAGCAACCAAUCACCUUUCUCCGACAGGUGAUGGCACUCUGCACCUACCCAAACCUUUUGGACAGCCCCAGCUUCCCAGAAGAUGCUAAGAAACGAGCCCGGAGGAUCCUGCAAGCUUGUGGCGGGAACAGUCUGGGAUCCUACAGUGCUAGCCAGGGUGUCAACUGUAUCCGAGAAGAUGUGGCUGCCUACAUUACCAGGAGAGAUGGUGUGCCUGCAGACCCAGACAACAUUUACCUGACCACUGGAGCUAGUGACGGCAUUACUACAAUCCUGAAGAUCUUGGUCUCUGGUGGAGGCAAGUCACGCACAGGUGUGAUGAUUCCCAUCCCACAGUACCCCCUUUACUCAGCGGUCAUCUCUGAACUCGACGCCGUCCAGGUGAACUAUUACCUGGAUGAAGAGAACUGCUGGGCCCUGAAUGUGAACGAGCUCCGGCGGGCCCUGCGGGAGGCCAAAGAGCACUGUGACCCCAAGGUGCUGUGCAUCAUCAACCCUGGGAAUCCCACAGGUCAGGUGCAGAGUAGAAAGUGCAUAGAAGAUGUGAUUCAUUUUGCCUGGGAAGAGAAGCUUUUUCUUUUGGCUGAUGAGGUGUACCAGGACAAUGUAUACUCUCUAGAUUGCAGAUUCCACUCCUUUAAGAAGGUACUUUAUGAGAUGGGUCCUGAAUACUCCAGCAAUGUGGAGCUUGCCUCCUUCCACUCCACCUCCAAAGGAUACAUGGGCGAGUGUGGCUACAGAGGAGGCUACAUGGAGGUGAUUAACCUGCACCCUGAGAUCAAGGGUCAGCUGGUGAAGCUACUUUCUGUGCGUCUGUGCCCACCAGUGUCUGGGCAAGCUGCCAUGGACAUUGUUGUGAACCCCCCAGUGCCAGGAGAGGAGUCCUUUGAGCAGUUCAGCAGGGAGAAAGAGUCUGUCUUGGGUAAUCUGGCAAAAAAAGCUAAACUGACAGAAGACCUAUUUAACCAAGUCCCUGGAAUUCACUGCAAUCCCUUGCAGGGGGCUAUGUAUGCCUUUCCUCGGAUCUUCAUCCCUACCAAAGCCAUGGAGGCAGCUCAGGCCCACAAAAUGGCCCCAGAUAUGUUCUACUGCAUGAAGCUCCUGGAGGAGACUGGCAUCUGUGUUGUGCCUGGCAGUGGCUUUGGGCAGAGGGAAGGCACCUACCACUUCAGAAUGACCAUUCUUCCUCCAGUGGAGAAGCUGAAAACAGUUCUUGAAAAGGUGAAAGACUUUCAUAUCAACUUCCUGGAGAAGUAUGCAUGAGGCCUCUGUGGGCUACAGAGGGAGACCCAGACACCUGCCCUCCCUCCUGAUGCCCACUCAGACCAGACUGAACUCACCUCCCCCAGCAACUCUGCCUCAGGCCUUACAAAGGCCACUGGGCGCUUUCAUUGUCAUUUUGCCCAAGGAGACUUCUUUCUCUGUGCCUUGAUGUUGGGAGCACUUCUCUUUUGAGCAAAUGUGAAUUGGGUAUGUCUCAAGAGCCCUGGUUAUUGUUGGUUUUUUGUUCUGUUUCGUUUUGUUUUUUUUUUAUCCAACCAAAGUAGAAGGGAAUUACUCAGUGUUUGUGACUGGUGGUCUCAGAAUCUAUUGUUAAUGUUCGGAAAGUUGAUUUGAGGUUUAAAAUAAUCAGGGUAUUGGGUAAAAUGUUUCAGAUUUGGAGAAGUAAGAUGGUUUAAUCUUGCUAAGGGCUGGGAAUCCCAACUCAUCACCAUAUGUGAGUAUUGAUCCCUUAGUAUUGUGAAAAUCUAGUCCUUCACACAGGACGAUGUGGAGGUUGUCUGGAGACUCAGAGAGGGCACACCACUCUAGCUGGAAGGCAGAAAUUGAUAGUGAGGGCAGCUGUAGCUUCAACUCUGGUCAAGGUCAGUGAGCCUGACAGUGGAGGAUUGGGUGUUGGUCAGACACUAAGUUGAACUAGCUUCCACUUGGACCAUGCAGCUGCUAGUAGGGAUUGCACACAAGUACAUUGGGGUAUAGCAUUCUCUUGCAUGCAUAGACUGGCCCCCACAGUGAGAGGUCUCUCUGGACUUCAGGAAUACAGGGUCAGUUCAGCAGUAUUCCAGUCUUGAGAAGAACCCAAGUAGAAUGGCAUACAGAUCCAUCUCAACUAUUCUCCCAUUAAGGCAUGAUUGAGCCUUUUCAUACAUUGCCUCUUGCUGACAACAGCAGGGCCAAAGAAACACUAAAAUGGUACUAGUGAGAGAGGGGCAUCCUUAAGGUAAAAUCCAGUCAAAUUCCCCUCCUCCCAUAGUGCCUGUUGCAUUGUUUUCACACUGAAUUUGGUCCAGUUCCUAACUUGUGAUCCAGUUUGAAGUUUAAAGAUGUUUUGACUUAAUGCAUAGUGUCUUACCUCCACAUUUACUGCUGGCUCCUAUCCCAGACUGGCAUCAGCCUUCUCUCCAGGUGUCAUCCACCAAGUGUGUAGCUUCCCAGGUAUUAGCAAACAUGAGUGUCAGCCAGCAUACUCCAAGAAAGUGGACUCCACAAACAACAGCAGACUGAGUUCCCUCUUCACAGAGAGCCUUCUUUUCAUCAGUUUUUUCCAAUGGGCAGUUAGAGAAACCAAAUCUCAGCAGCCAGGGGACCCAAGCAAGUCCCAAACUGAAAUUAAAGGAGGUAGAGAAAUGGAAGAGGCUAAAGGAAAGAGCUUUGAAAAGAGCUUUUUAUGAUAUAGUUUCUAUGUUGGGUCCAUGCAGGGUAAUGAAAUGGAAAAAGUCAGUCACUACUUGGUAGCAUGAUGUCCCAAUGAAGAAGUAGUCACAAUAUCAAAGAACAAAGGGAAUAUUUGAGAACUUUUCUUUCCUUAAAAAAAUUAAGAAUACUGCACUUGUGAGUGUUAUAUGAUAUAUAACCCAAAAUGUGUCCCAGAGUUGUGAUUCUGGUGAAAAGGUUAAAUAGUAGAUGCUGGUAUAUAUUUUCUAUUUUUGUAACAAUUGCUUUUUUCACAGGGGGAGGAAGGGUUAGAAUUUAUAGUCCUAAUAAGACCAGUAGUUUUUAUAAACCUCUACAAAUUAUAAAUAACCCCUAAAAACUUUGCAACAUUUACAUGAUUUUUUAAAAGAUGUUAUGUACACUUGGUUUGCUUUUUAAAGUAAAUUCACAUGUACAUUUACUAAAACAAACAUGUAGUAGUGUUAGCUUAUUUAGGAGGUUAACUUAAGGUAAGAAGGCUGAUCAUAAUAGAUUUCAUAUUCUGCAAGUUCUGUUCUGGUGACUUUCUUCUUUGGGCACUACCAAAGCAAACUGUGUCAUUUGGGGUCCCACUUUAAGCCUAUACCUGUGACAUUUUGUUUGUUUCGUAACAAGGGGAAGUGAGGGGUGCUGGCUGUACAUUGUUUGGUCUGUCACCUAGCCCCCUUGAAGCAGUGUUUGGCUUGUGGUGUAGGAUUUUCAGGAAGAACUGAUAGAGUUAUCUGUCCCUAUUUUCCCAUCUCGAUUUGCAUAAGCAUCUUUUGACAAAAGGUACUUAAUAAUGACUCUGCUGGAAAUUUCUAGAUAAUAAAAUAUAUGUCCAAAAUGGUGA